AAGCUUUGGUGGCACUGGGUGUUUGUCUCAUAGUAGAAAACUUCCCUCAUUGAAUAGCACUCCUCUGGUUUGGCAACAUGAAUUCAAUUCAUAUUUAACUUACACACGAUUUUAAUAGCAAAAAAUGCUACUUUAUCAGGCUCUGGGAACCCAGGUUUUAUGCCUCAUACUAGAAAUUUUCCACCAGUGAAGACCAGGCCCCCUGGCAUUCAGGCACUACAUGGAUGGUUGGCAACUUAGUUUGUCUAACUUGUAAUUUAUGAUUCCUUUUUACAGGGGUGGGAACAGUUAUGUAGCCUUGAGUUCAGGCAAUAUAAAAUGAACCAAGUUGAGUUGAAACAUAAGAUUCUGUUGACAUCCAUCAAGAUUGAUGGCACCUCAUCAACAACUGUGGCAAUGGUCAAACUGCUGUUGCUGCUUAGGCUGGGCAAGAGUCUAUUUGUUCUUGGGUUCAUAUCGGUUCUUCAAUAUCACUGAAAGCCCCCCAGCUACCUCAAAAGGUUAACCCAUCCAUCUCUAUUGUUCUUGUCAUGCAAGCAUGCCUGCUAAACUUUGGUGAAUAUCAGUUCUCCAAUGUCACCGAAAGUCCCCAGCUACCUCAGAAGAGUGGAAAUUAAAGAAUGAAGGGAAAACAAAGCUGUUCCUGCUGCAAGUGGCACCGGCACGACGCUGAGUUGUCUAUUACAUGGUUUGCUUGUAAAAUCUUGGAAAGCUUUCUGCAAUGGGGGUUGAUCCACUUCAGCUGGAUCUCAAAUAAGUUCUUCAAAGUGUUUGGUGGUAAUCAGACCAAUCCAUGAAGUCAUGAUGCAGAGUGCAGUGCAGCAAAGUGUUUGGAAAGAGGAAGAAUUUGGCUGCUGAUCUCUCUACUGCUUAGUCCAGCUUGCAUGGGUAUGGGAUAAUGCCUUGGACAAAUGAUGUCUCUAUUGCCAGCCACUCUCUCGGGCAUCAUCUUGUUGUCAUCUCAAAGUUGGAAGGACCUGUCACUCCCUUCACCCUCUUAUCACUCUAAUUAGAUCUGCACAUGAAUCGGAAAACAUUUCGAAGAAACACUCCCCAAGUGUUUUCGUGUUGCAGAGGGCAAACCUAGCUGGCACGUGUCGAGGAGCCCGUCCGGAUAAGGUCUGAUGGGAAUCGUGUUUCCCCGGCACGUGUCCCACCACCCCACUCUCAUCUUUAUCCCUCCUCCUCCUCCUCCUUCCUCCGCCGCGAUGAUACCGAACAAAACCGCCGCUUUCGGCCCCCUUCACUUCUGCCACUACUAGUAUGUGAGUACCCGUCUCCGUCGCCGCAGCGGAUCGUUGAUGGCGGAUAUCCCCUUGGCCGGGCUUCUCGACCUCCGCCUUUCCCCCGCCUCCUUCAAGGUCUCCCCUCCAGGUCCGCCGCCCCUCCCCCUCCGCCGCUCCUUCUCCGGGCCUCCGCCGGCCCCGACGACGACGAGGUCCAAGGUUGUUUCGCAGGCCCUAUCGCGAUCCACUAUGGAGCUCUUCUCCACCACCGAGUGCUCCGACGGCAGCGUCAUCUUCCGUUUUGGUGAUGCGACCGAAGCGAAGAGGGACGAGGUUGCUGAUGUUGCUCCUUCUGAAAGCACCGUUCUGGAGAAAGAUUUGGAAACGUUGGGGAAAUCGGAAGCGAAAGAUUCCGAGGAGAAAGGUUCUUGUGAGAUAAACCAACAAAAAGCUGAAAGAUACGAUCUUGAGAUGAAGGAAUCAGAGUCGGUGGUGAUAGGUGAAGUAAGAGAUGAACGGUGGUCCGUUUCGGAGAUUAGAGAUCUGGGACUGGUUGAGACAGAUCCAAAUAUGGAUGACGGGAUCUGUCUGAAGGAGAGUGUGAUAGCCAGUGAUGAAACAAUUACUGCUGUGGAGACUGAGAUGCAAGAAAAGCCCAGGGGGUUUGAUGGUAAUGAAGAACUGAAGAGGACAGUUGCAGAACUAAGUGAGGAGAGUUGCAUCUCUGUUGUUGAUGGUGUUGAAUCUUUGAUCGAAGAUCAAGAAACAGAUGUGAACUCUGUGGAUGUUGGCAAAAGGAUUAAUGAAGAUAAAUAUUCUGACGAGCUGACAAACAAAUUAAAAGGAGGAGAUGCUUCUGCCAAUGAUAAGGUAGCAGAAGAUAUUGAUUUGGACAUUCAUGUUUCAUCAGAAAGUCUGUUAGUUGAGACUCCUGACGAAAAUUCUGAUUCGUCUCUGGAAGCAUCAGAAGUAUAUGUCGCUCCAGUUAAUGACAAUGAAAUAGAAGUAAACUCUGUCUUUGAAACUUCGCCAUUAUCGAUUGGUUCUGAUAUAGAUGAGUCAAAGGAUGAAUCCGGUGAUGGAACUACCAUACUGGAGACACUAAAACACAGUGAAGAGAGAAUAUCUGACAUGGAUUUUGAAUCCGGUAAUGGAACUAACUUAGAAGAGACACUAAAACAAAGUGAAGAGGGAAUCUAUGACAUGGACGUUGAGCUUAGAGAUGACUACCCUGAUAGAAUCACCACUGAAGCAACUCAAGAACGUAAUGAAUUGAGAAGUCCUAUGGAUGUUGAGGUGGAAGAUGAUUCUAGUGGUGGCUUGCUGCAGCAGACUGGUCAUAUUGAAGCUGUAGAAAUUCCAGUUCAUGAGAGAGUUGAAAUCAUGGAAACUCAAUUUGAAGGUUCUGAGGCUUCACGAGUGUCUAGUGCAGCCAAGGACAUUACUGACAUGGCUGUGGAAUCAAUCCCCUCUUGCGCAGAAGAUCAUGGGAACAGCGGUGAUGUUGAAAUCCUAGCCAGAGCUGAAACUACUGAAGGGACCAGAGAUGAAGAGAAUGGUGAAGGUGCAGAUUCUAAUAGGGUGGACCAUGUACCAGCAAGCUUACUUUUCUUGUCUUCAGGAGCUGCAAUCUUGCCCCAUCCUUCAAAGGCGUUGACAGGUGGUGAAGAUGCUUAUUUUGCGGCUUUGGAUAGCUGGUUUGGUGUAGCUGAUGGAGUAGGCCAGUGGUCGUUUGAAGGAAUCAAUGCGGGGCUGUAUGCCAGAGAACUGAUGGAGAAUUGUGUAAAGUUUGUCUCAAAAUAUGAAGGAACUAAACCAGAUGAGAUCCUGAUCAAGAGUGCUGCUGAAGCAAGAUCUCCAGGCUCAUCUACAGUUUUGGUUGGUUAUUUUGAUGGAAAGGUCCUUCAUGUAGCUAAUAUUGGAGAUUCUGGAUUUAUCGUACUAAGGAAUGGCACUGUUUUCAGAAGGUCUACUCCAAUGGUUUAUGGGUUUAACUUCCCUUUGCAGAUUGAAAGGGGUGAUGACCCUUCAAGGUACAUAGAGAUGUACGAAAUUGACUUGGAUGAAGGGGAUGUUAUUGUGACUGCCACCGAUGGACUAUUUGACAAUAUAUACGAACAAGAAAUAGCAGCCAUUGUAUCCAAAUCACUGCAAGCAAGUCUGAAGCCAAGGGAAAUUGCAGAGUUCCUGGCAAUGAGGGCACAGGAGGUGGGCAGAUCAGCAUCAGCUAGGAGUCCAUUUGCAGAUGCAGCCCUUGCAGCUGGAUAUCCUGGCUUCACAGGAGGUAAACUCGAUGAUGUGACUGUCGUGGUCUCCGUCCUACAGAGAUCCAACCAAUGACUUCAUCAGCAAGUUCUCCUAUCCAGUAAAUUCCAGGUUUGCAUUCUGGAUUUUAAUUCCUGGAAUCCAUCCGUGCAAAAGCAGAACAGAGCUUUUCAUUCUUUGUAAUCACAAAUUUUGAGUUGAAGUGAUUUGAUACUCUUUGAUCUUUCAGUCGUGCAUCUCUUGUUGCCUUGUCCCUUUUUUGUUCAUAUGUCGUUAAAACUGCAACCUCAGUACAAUCACAACGAAAUCGUGAUUAUAAUAUGAUUUGGAAAAUAAUCAUUCAUUUUAAGA